CUCACCAUGACCCGCCCAGUGGACUGGGCGGCCGAGGAGCGCAAGCUCCAGCCUGUCUUUGACGACAUCCAUGAGGGACGCCUGAAGACAGCCCAGGCGGCCGUGGACCGCUGGCUCAAGAAACACCCAAAGUCGCAGACGGCGCUGGUCGCGCGCAUGAUGCUCGCCGACCUCACCGGGCAGGGCCGCGCCGCGGUCCUAAAGGUCUACGAGGACGUGCAAGCGACUGCACCCCUCUCACCGCGCUCUAUUUGGCGCGUCGCCGCCGUCCUCCGGAGCAUCCGGUGCCCCGAAAUGGUGCUCGACAUGUUCCAGGCGCUGUGGGAGCAGCGUCCCAGCGUCCCGGACCUGGGAGACCAGGUGUUCUUCGAAGCCGCGGCGAUGGGCAAAACCGACUUGAUGGCUAGCACGUCCCGCAAGACGUUCAACUUGCAGAAGAUGCCUGCGCGGGCGCGCCUGGCCGCUUACGCCGCGUGGGCGGACGCGACUCCUAGCCCCACCGACGCCACGCCCUUCCCCCGCGCAGCGGAGAAGGUGCUCCUGCCCGCUCAACUCCUCAUUCGCACUACAGGCAGCGAAGUGCCGACAUCCGAGACACUGUGGCUGCGUCUCCAGGUCGCCUUAGGCGCGGGGGACCACGCCGAGGCGUGGCGCCUCGUCAAGGCGGAGCGGAAGGGUGCGCUCUCCCGCCGCUGGUUCGGGAUGCAGGCUGCGCGCGAGCUCGCCGCGCGCGAUGACCCCGCUGCCCCGGCCGACCAGGUGUGGGCGGACGAGUACGAGGCGACCGCCGAGCUACUGCGUAACGAUGGCGAGGCGCAGCACAACUACGCAUUCUACCGUCACCUCAUGGAAGCGGCGCGGGAUGCCGAGCGCCGGGAGAAGGCGGUGGCGCUGUUCCGUGACCUCGUGCCCAAGAUCGGGGCGAAGGAGCGCGCGCCCCUCCUCGCCCUGCUCGAGCUCGACAUGCGCGCACCUUCUCUCUCAGAGGAGGAGUGGGAGGCGACGGUACACGAAUACCUCGCACGUUGGGGCGGGAAGUGGACGGCGCAGUCCGACCUCGCCGGCAUCGUGGGGACACACGGCGACACGCUCAAGAAGGUGAUGAAGGAGGCGGCGGGGUGCCCGCACACCGACGUGGGCAGCUUCGUGUCGCGCGCCGUGGCGGAGCUCUACCUCCUCUCUGUCGACCCGCCCACGCCGAGCGUGGACGAGGCUCGUCGCCUCUGGGAGCUCUACUCCGCGGGUCUGGCGUACGGCAAGAACCUGACCAGCAUGGAUCCGCAGCCCGCCGACCCCGUCGGCAUGACUGCGGUCUCGAUGUUGGGACGCCUCUGGCAGACGAACCCCGAAGACGAGGCGCCGCUGCAAUACGCCGCUGAGUGUCUCGAGUCGAUGGUGGCCGCCUCCCCGUCGUCAUACUAUGCCCGCUUUACGCUGUGCCGCGUCUAUCGGCUGCUUGGCGCCCCGGGGCUGUACGCCCAGCACCUGAAGAAGAUGAGUCUCUCUGAGAUCCAGCUCGACAACCUGCUGCACAUUGUGUCUGAGCGGGGCGGGAUCGAGGCGGACGCAGCGGGCAUCGCGCUGUGGACCGAACUCGAGGGCCGCGCGACGGACAUGUACGGCCGCGCCGUCACUGAUCUGCCAAACUACAUCAAGCAGGCAUUGCAGAACGAGACGUACUCCAAGGUCCACGGGAUGCGGGCGCUGAUUCGUGCUCUGGAACGCAGCGUCGCACAGCGCGUCCUCGAGGUCGAGGAGCUGUCGGUUGCGCUCGCCAAUGGCAGCUCGAUGUCCGAGAGCACCGUAGAAAGCCUUUCCGCGGCCUUGAAGGACGACACGCCGUUUGUCGACAACCGCAACUUUGAACUUAUGGCCGACGGCUUCGUCGGCGGGUCAGCGCCCCAACCCACGAUGAGUGAGGAGGCGGUGCGCGUGCUGGCGGCUGCGCUGCUCGGCGUCGCGGCAUACCUCUCCGGUAGACCUGAUGCGCCCGCCCUCCCCGACCGCUCGGGGUUGUCAGCGACCGACAAGGCGUUCGUCGACGGCAUCGAGACGCUUCUGGCCGCCGCGACGGCCGCGACGGCCGCGCCGACCUCCGUGUCUCCGACAACGCCGCCCGCGCCUGUCACCGCAUCGCCUGUGGCUGAGCUGUACGACGCAUCCAUCGCGGCGGUCCGGUCGGCGCCCACGACCUGGGCGAGGGUCGACGCAUACACCUCGCUAGCCCGCCUUGCCGGCGCCGCGCGUGCGGUCGAGAAGCGCGUGACGGAGCUCGCUGGGCCUGCGAAGAAGGGCAAGAAGCGCCCCGCAGGGUUAGUACAGCUCGGGGUGGGGCUGCGUACAACGCGCGAAGCGCUGCCCAAGCGCCUUGCGGAAGUCAACGCCGUCAUGCGCAAGGAGGUUGCGUGGGCCAGUGGGGGACUGGUGGAGGACCUCAGCAAGGACAUUAGUGCCAAGGUCGCGGAGGCGCGCGCGGACCUGUGCGCGGGCAUCGCGCGCCUCAUCACGCCCAAGUAGAAUCAUAGAUGUGCAUAGUGAUACAGUGCUAUUGUG